AACACUGUACAAACGUUCCUUUAACACUACCGCUGACCUGCUGACAGAUUAGGUCUCAGUUUGACACAACUCCUGGAGACAUAUAGACAGAUUAGGUCUCAGUUCUGCUUGUGUCACAGGUUAUCUCACCACGGCCAGACAGCCUUUACAUCAGCACAUGUCAUCGCAUCACACCCGUCUGCAGGAGGGAACGUAUGUCUGAGCCAUGUUUAACACAAAAGACUUUAAAAUGUUCAAAAGUCUGUGGUGGGAUGAACAUUUUAAACAGCAUAGUCGAUACAAAGGGCUGGGAGCAAAGGAAUCUUCCUUGUUAUGCCUCUUCACCUAAUCGUAGGUAAAGAAUAACACAGACAUGGAAUCAUUAAGCUUCAAACGAGUUAACUUUCACAAUAAUUAAAGUUCAACGCAGAGAGAAAUGUGUGUUGCAGUUUCCAGGGGGUCACUUGUACUUGGACAGUUAACUAAAGAUAAUCCAGGGUCCGAGUAGGUGGGAGUGGUUUGGGUGGAAUUGGCCUUUCUCCUUUAUUAACAUCACAUGACAGGCCUAAAGGUAACAAAUAUGUGGAGUGAAUGGACAGGGAGCAGUGUGCGUCCAGGACAGCGAGCCGUUAGGAACACAAGCUCCGGCAUCUCUCACCUCUCACGUUCUAGGAGGGGGGCCCCCCCGCUCUGGGACAGUCGCGAUGCCACGAAACAAUACUUUGAAAGGCAACCGUGCAAAUUCUGAACUCGGUGGUGAAGAGUGGCUGAGGUCCAAGGCCACAAAGGAGCCCGCUCCAGGCCUCUCUUCGCUGCAGUGGAGCCCGGGACCUCUGGGUAGACCAAUCUCCAUGGGCUCCCAGCUGGACGGCGUUGCGGGCUUACGAGGUGACCACGUGCAGCUGGUCCCGAAGCCCGAGACCAAACUGUACCACCGCCGCUGGGUCAUGCUGUUUCUCUUCAGCGCCGUCUCGGCCAGCAACGCCUUCAUGUGGCUCCAGUACGGCAUCAUCAGCAACAUUUUCAUGCGCUUUUACAACAUAGACUCUCUGGCCAUCGACUGGCUGUCUAUGAUAUAUCUACUCACAUAUAUCCCUCUCAUUGUGCCCGUCCUGUGGCUUCUGGAGCACAGGGGCAUCCGGGAUGUCGUCCUCGUUGGUUCAGCCUUCAACUGCAUUGGUGCAUGGAUCAAAAUUGGUAGUGCAAGUCCCCAUCUGUUCCCAGUCACCUUCUUUGGCCAGUUUGUGUGCUCAGUAGCCACUGUGUUUGUGCUUGGUAUUCCCUCUUACCUCGCCUCGGUGUGGUUCGGAGAGAAAGAGGUCUCCACUGCCUGUUCCAUAGGAGUUCUGGGAAACCAGCUGGGCAUCGCCAUCGGGUUCCUGAUGCCUCCCAUCCUGGUGCCUAAUGUGGAAGACAUGGACGAGCUGGCUCACCACAUCAGCGUCAUGUUCUACAUCACAGCAGGAGUGGCGACCUUACUCUUCAUCCUGGUUGUCUUCGUCUUCCAGGAACGUCCUGAACUCCCCCCGACUCAGGCCCAGGCCACAGCUCGCAGCAUCCCACCGGAGCAGUACUCCUACACUGCCUCCAUCCUCAGGCUGCUGCGCAACAGGCCCUUCAUCUUCCUCAUCAUCACUUACGGUCUGAACGUAGGAUGUUUCUAUGCUGUUGGCACCCUGCUCAACCGCAUGAUCAUCGAGCAUUACCCUGGAGAAGAGGUGAAUGCUGGGAGGAUCGGCCUCACCAUUGUCAUUGCAGGGAUGGUCGGCUCUCUGAUCUGCGGCAUCUGGUUGGACAAGACUAAAACCUACAAGCAGACCACCCUUGCAGUCUACUUCAUGUCUCUGGUGGGGAUGAUCAUCUACGCAGCUACACUCAGUCUGGGACACCUCUGGGUGGUCUUCAUCACAGCUGGAACUCUCGGGUUCUUCAUGACAGGCUACCUGCCGCUGGGCUUUGAGUUCGCUGUCGAGCUGACGUACCCAGAGUCAGAGGGAACCUCCUCUGGACUCCUCAACUGUUCAGCACAGGUGUUUGGCAUCAUAUUCACCAUCUGCCAGGGAAAGAUCAUCGAUGCCUUUGGCACGUUGGCAGGCAACAUCUUCCUCUGCGUCUUUCUUCUGAUCGGCACAAUAUUGACAGGUUUUAUCAAGUCUGACCUGCGGAGGCAAAGGGCAAACAUCUUGGCCAGAGCAGCAGAGGAAGAGGGUCAGAUGUCGGAACAAGACUACGGAGCCACGACACUAAUCUCCCAGCAGCAGGCUCCUCCCUCUCAAGCCUGAUCAAUAAACCUUUCUGCUUCCUACAAAAAAACUAAACAAUCAUCAUCUUCAAAUCAUUGCUCAACAAGGCAGCCGCACAAAGGGUCCCACCGACUGCCGGGAUGUGAGCCUGACCACACCUACUAUCAUCAGAGAAGCCCAGUUGUAGACACACACACACUAACAAUAACGCUUGGAAAAGAACAAAGAUCUUCCUUUUGCAAUGUAACAAACUGACAGUAGAACCGCACAAUCAGGAAGUGACUUCCCUUUUUAAAAAAGAGUUUAAUGUUUUAAUUAUUUUUUUAGAAAAAAAUAAUCCCUUGUUCGUAAAAGUAUUUUUUUAUAUUUAACUAUAGAUAUAAAUGCUCUUUCCAAAAUCAAAUCUGUGGAAUGUUUUUGUGUCUUGACAAUUUUACCUCCCAGUAUUUUCAGUGUGCAGUUGAUUAUGUACAUUAUAGAUAAAUAGCAAUAAUGAAUUGACAUUUAAUCUCUAUAAAAUAAUUUAUACGACGGCUUUCUGAUCCAUUGUGGUUCACAAGGAGUAAAUACUGAUGACGCAUGUUUGUGCGAUUUUUGUAAUACCUUUCAUGUUUCCUGCUUAUUUAACAUGAAAUAAAACUGUUUUGUCAAUGUG